AUGAGACAAAAGAGAGCAAAAUCAUAUAAGAAACAGAUGAAUGUUUAUUUACAUGCAUUCAAAUUCAGGGAACCUUUCCAAACGAUAAUUGAUGAUGAGAUCAUCUUACAUUGUGAAAAAUCCUCAUUUGAUUUGAUUAAGGGAUUGAAAAGAACAAUUCAAUCUGAGAUCAAACCUAUGAUUACCCAAUGUUGUAUGCAAUCAUUAUAUAAAACCAACAAUCAAACUGCCAUUGAUAUAGGGAAAAGUUUCGAAAGAAGACGUUGUAAUCACCCACCAUCAGAUCCUUUGGCCCCUAAGGAUUGUAUCAAAUCAAUCAUUGCUCCUGAUAAUAAGCAUAGAUAUGUUUUAGCAUCACAAAUUUUCGAAUUAAGAAAAGAAUUAAUGAACGUACCUGGGGUUCCCAUGGUAUUUAUGAACAGAUCAGUCAUGGUGAUGGAACCAAUAUCAAAAAUGACUUUAAGAUACGCUAACGAUUAUGAAAACAAAAAGUUAACCGGAGGUUUAAAUAGUACUGGGCAAGAACCUGUCAAACAAGAACCAGCUAAGAAGAGAAAGGGUCCUAAACAACCAAACCCUUUAAGUAUCAAGAAGAAGAAAGUAGAAAAGACCGAUGAGAAUAAAGAAAAUCGUGAUAACGAUGAUACUGGUGAAGUUAAAGAAAAGAAGAUCAGAAGGAAGAGAAAACAUACUAGAAAGACCGACCACCCAGACGGAGAAACUACUGCCGAAAAAGAGCAGGAUGUUGAACAAAAUGCGGACGAAGAAUCAUAG